AUCUGUAGUUACUCUUUCAUAUUGACGAAGAAUGGGGGCAUUACCGUGGUUAUUUCAGUUCCUUCUCUGUUUCUUGCAAUAUCAAGUUGCUGCUUCUUCAUCAUCAGCUCUUGCUUCUUCUGCACACCCCUUGUGUCGUCGUGACCAGAGGUCUGCACUGCUGCAAUUUAAGCAUAUGUUUACUAUAAACAGCAGUGCUUCUUCCGAAUGUGAUGAUCAUUAUCGUUCUGGUAUUCCUUCAUUUCCAAAGACCUUGUCUUGGGAUGAGAACGCAACUGAUUGUUGCGAUUGGGAUGGGGUCACGUGCGAUGGGUUGACAGGUCACGUGGUUGGGCUUGAUCUCAGUUGUAGCCAGCUCCAUGGCAAAAUCCAUCCCAAUAGCAGCCUUUCCCAACUCUCUCACCUGCCACGGCUUAAUCUGGCUUAUAAUGACUUCAACGGCUCUCGCAUUUCAUAUGCAUUUGGCAGCUUUGCAAGUUUGACACAUCUAAAUCUAUCCAAUUCUGCUUUAUCAGGUACAAUCCCAUCUGAAAUCUGCUACAUGUCCAAACUGGUUUCACUUGAUCUUUCACUUCUUCGUUACCUUGGUGAUUAUUCUAGACUGAGACUUGAACCCCUCCAUUUCAAAAUUCUCCUAAAAAACAUGACCCGGUUACAAGAACUUGACCUUUCUGGGGUAAAUAUAUCUUCGGGUUUACCCGAUUCAAUUGGCUAUCUCAAGUCUUUGAAAUCCUUGCAUCUCAGCAUGACGAGUUUAUCUGGAAAACUACCUGACUCAAUUAGUUAUCUCAAGUCUUUGAAUUACUUGUAUGUCGGAGGUUGCAAAUUACGAGGUUCUAUUCCUAAAUCUCUAGGGAACCUUACGCAGAUACGUGUACUAGGUUUAGCGGAAAAUGGUUUUACCGGUGAAGUCUGUAGCAGACCGAGCAGAAUGGCUCGUUCCAUUCCGAGCGUGAUCUAG